AUGUUGUCAGGAGCAAAUGGUGACCUAGAGCCAGACCAACUGGCUUAUCAGGUCUUUGUAAACAACUGCAGCUGUGUAGCAGCUGCAACUUUGCUCAUUUUAGACCAUGCCAUAACACUUGCUGAUGAAAUUGACCACAUAUGGAGAAGUAGAAAAUCUGGAGCCACAAUCCUGUUUAUCUCCAACCGUUUUCUUGGAUUGGUAUUAGCCUUCAGCCUGGUGGUGGAGAUACCUCCAUGGCGUACAAACCUGAGGUCUAGGCUGUUAUUUGAAGCUUGUCAAGAAUUACUUCUGAUUGAAUGGGCCACAUUUUUGGCUUUUCGGGUGUAUGCAGUAGGGGGUCAUGCACAUCUCCUUGCUGUAGUAGUAUUUGUGUUGAGCUUGAUGCCUUUUGCAACCAAUCUGUAUAGCUAUAUCACAAACUCAUAUUUUGUCAUUGUUGUUCCUGAGAUUGGUCCCAUAUGCAUGAAAGAAGCAACUAGUAUUGUCCAAAUGAAACUUACAAUACAUGUGUAUCUCUCCUUCCAACUGAGUCUUUGGCUAAUGGGCAAGGCAGGUGUACACAAUGUAGUGUUAUUGUUGCAGACAUCAUUGUCCUCAUUGUAA